CCUCCGCGGAGCCCCCGGGCCAUGGGCGCCUCCAGGCUCUACACCCUGGUCCUCGUGCUGCAGCCGCAGCGAGUGCUCCUGGGCAUGAAGAAACGCGGCUUCGGGGCCGGCCGCUGGAACGGCUUCGGGGGCAAAGUCCAAGAGGGGGAGACCAUCGAGGACGGGGCCAAGAGGGAGCUGCAGGAGGAGUGUGGUGUGACCGUGGACGUGCUGCACAAGGUGGGCCACGUCACGUUCGAGUUCGUGGGUGAGCCCGAGCUGAUGGACGUACACAUCUUCCGCACAGACAGCAUCCGCGGGACACCCACGGAGAGCGACGAAAUGCGACCCCAGUGGUUCCCACGGGACCAGAUUCCCUUCGCCGACAUGUGGCCGGAUGACAGCUACUGGUUUCCCCUCCUGCUUCAGGAGAAGAAGUUCCACGGCUACUUCAAGUUCCAGGGCCAGGACACCAUCCUGGACUACAGGCUGCGCGAGGUGGACGCCGUGUAGAGGCAGAGCCGGCCCCUCCGCCCGCCGCGGGCCACGGCCAGCACGAGCCCAGGGCUGUUUGGGGCGUGACUGGA